AAAAGUAAAAGGACUAUUUUUAUCAGAAAAAAAAUAAAAUAAAUCAAAGACUACGUAAAAAGCAAAGGAAUUUCCACCAAAUGACAUCACAAUUCCUUUGACUCUUUUUCUUUCCUGCUUCCCCUUCAUAAACCCCUUCUUUCCCCAUUCCCCCACCUCCCAAUUCUUCUCUAUUCCUUUCUCUCUCUAAAGAAAUUUGCACAGUUCUUACUUUCUCUCUCUAAAAAAAUGCGUAAAGACGAUCUAUACAUAACGGUACCGACUUUUUUCCGGUGUCCAAUUUCCCUCGAUGUAAUGAAAUCUCCGGUGAGUUUAUGUACCGGAGUUACAUACGAUCGAAGUAGCAUCCAACGGUGGCUGGACAGUGGUAACAACACGUGUCCAGCCACCAUGCAGGUGCUACAGACAAAAGAACUUGUACCUAACCAUACACUACAAAGGCUAAUUCAGAUCUGGUCUGACUCGGUCCGAACUACUCAUCAGAACAGUAGUUCGGACCGAGUUAACCACCAACAAGUUCGCGAGCUAAUUAAACAGUUCGUUAACGACUUCCGAGUUCACUAUUCCGAGUUGGAGGUGAACUCGGAUAAUUUAACAAAACUGUUAGCUUUCUCCGGAGAAUCUCAGGAGAAUUUGCGCUUUGUUGCUUCAGUAGCUGCGGAGAGUGAUUUUCUGGAGAUUUUAACUUCCUUCUUAGUUCACAACCCUGGGAAUUUGAAGGUUCUGGAGAAAAUCGUACCUCUUUGGAAAAUGCUGCUGCGCGAACGAGGCUCGUUACCGAAAAUGGGGAAAGGAAACGAAUUGUAUGCAGUGAUAAUAUCAGCUCUCAAACAUGGAAGCCUAAAGCUGAAAUUGGAGAUGACGAAAACUUUGGACUUCAUCAUAUCAACUGACUCCGAAGCUAAAUCGUCUUUAUCAGAAAACUCCGAAUUGUACUCAGUUCUAUUGAGUUUCUCAACAAUCAAUAACGAUUGGAACACUACAUUAAUGGAGGUCUCAAUUUCCUGCUUAAUUUCCUUCGCAAUGAUACGGAGAAACCGCUCAAAGCUCGUAAAAGCAGGCGCAGUGAAAACAGUGGGAAAAGCACUAUCCACUGCAGAGAUUGGAACCGCCUUGACGGACAAAAUUCUAAGAUUGUUGGAACUGACAUCGACAUGUAAAGAGGGUAGAAUGGAUCUAUGUAACGAUGGAGAGUGUAUAAGAGCACUAGUGAUGAAAAUACUGAAAGUAUCAAAUGAAGCAACGGAACAUGCAGUAACAAUUCUAUGGAGUUUGUGUUGUCUAUUUCGGGAUCAUAGGGCAAUAGAUGCUGUAGGGAAGAGCAAUGGAAUGGCGAAGAUAUUGCUGUUGUUACAGAGUAAUUGUUCGCCGGCGGUAAGACAAAUGGCUGCCGAUUUGCUUAAAGUGUUUAGGGUGAAUUCUAAAGGUGUUUCUUGUCUUUCUACUAGUUAUGAUACUAAAACUACUCAUAUCAUGCCAUUUUGAUAACUUUCGGGGUUCAUUUUUUGUUGUUGA